AGAAAGAGAAGCAGCGAGUCUCGCGCUGUUCUUCGCUCCGACGCCGUUUGUUUUCUUUGAUCAUUCAUUCACAAGCGAAGCCGACGAGAAGUCGACACCGAAACAGCUCAGGGCAUGGUGGAUGUCACGAUGAACGUGGCGUACACGCCGGUCAAGGUGGUGAACCACCCCAAAUUCGUCAACGGCCCUUCAAAGGACUUGGGCCUUAAAGACAUCGAGAAGGCCACAAGAUGUUGCUCCAUCCUCAAAACAAUAGGCUUGGUGCUGGUCGUGAUCACCGCUGUUUCUUCACUGAUCGGGAUGAUCAUAAUUUGGAAGUCUGGACUGAUCGACAAUAUGAUUUCCCAGAAACUCGUCAUAGAAAGGGACACUCAUGUAUAUGACGUGUGGGUUAAACCACCUGUGAAGCCUGUUGUCAACGUUUACCUAUUUAAUUACACAAAUAUCCCACAAUUUGCGGCUGGCAAGGAAAAACUUAAAAUUCAGGAAGUUGGACCGUACGCUUACAGAUUGUCAUUUGAGAAAGUGCGGGUCCUCUUCAAAACAAACAAUACUAUCAGUUUUCAAGAAAAAAAGAAUUACCAGUUUGAUCCUGACCUAAGCAACGGCACCUUGUCUGAUGUCAUCACCGUUCCAAAUAUUGCACUUCUGAGUGCAGUCGCUAGAGUUGUUGGCAAAAAUGUUUUCUACCAAAUGCCUUUGGUCACAUUGGUGGGUGGUCUGAAUGUGGAAGCGUUUCAGCAACUAAAAGUACAAGAACUUCUUUGGGGCUACGAGGAUCCUCUUUAUGAUAUGGCCAGGCCAAUUCUGAAUUUGGUCGACGAUGUUCCUGAUAAAUUAGGACUUCUCGUCGGGAAAAAUGGGACUGGAGAAGAGCGAUUUACUAUUUUCACAGGCAUGUCUGACAUCAAUCAGCUGGGAGUGAUUGCCGAGUUCCGGGACAAGAAAAAAUUGAAUAUCUGGAAAAGUGACGAGUGCAACCGCAUUGACGGCAGUGAGGGAAGCAUGUUCCCUCCUCCCCAAGUGGCCGCCGGCAAACGACUUUUUGUCUUCUUGCCUCAACUGUGCCGACGAAUGCCUUUCGAUGCCAAGAAGCACAUGAUCACCAACGGCAUGCCCGCUGUGCGUUAUGCGCCUCCUGCUGACGUCUUCUCUGCGGACAACCCUGAUAAUGCAUGCUACUGUGUCAAAGGAAAGUGCCCUCCGAGUGGCGUUUUUGACGUUGGGCCUUGUGCUUUUGAUGGACCAUUGCUAGCGUCUUUCCCCCACUUCUUCCAAGGCGAUCCUGCUCUGUUGGAGCAAUACGAAGGCCUCAACCCUAUUGCUGAAAAGCACCAGUUCUACAUUGACAUACAUGAUAGAUUUGGAGUGCCUCUUGGUGGGAAGUCUCGUCUGCAGAUAAGCAUCAUUGCAAAAAAUGCUAAAUACUUCCCUUCAAUGAAGAUGUUCAAAAAGGACAUGAUUUUGCCCAUGUCGUGGUUUGAAGUGAGUGUAGACGACUUGCCGCCUGAGGUGAAAUCUGAUCUGAAAUUGGCAACACACACUGCUACACAUGGAUUGAUGUACUUCUUACUUUUUGUGUUUGUGCUCUCCAGUGGUAUGGUGGCAUAUCAGGCCACAAAAAUGACUAGGGUCAAAGAGCCCCUUUCGCCCGGUUACAACGUUAACUUACCAAAGCAGCUGAUACUUGUGCAAAAGAUCUGAUUUAAUGGUUCGAUCCAAUUCUCGACUGCUGCAAGAUUAUUUUUCAACUUUUACAAAAUUAUGAAGAAAGACCUGACAACCGAAUAGCAACUUGAUAGAGGGCCAAAAUCUCCUUUGGAGUUUGAGGUGUGCUUCGUCUGUGAUAAUGGAGCAAAAGCUAAUUUAUAUAAAACAUAUUUUGGAAGUCUUUUAUUUCUUAUUAUUUUUUCUCUUUAUAUGAACAUUGUCGCUUUCUGACAUUUUUCGCCUGUUUUCGUUUCAUCAAAAAUUCUAUGUGCCUUAUUUUAGGAUUUUGUAAGUACGAAACUGUUGCUCAAUUGUUUCUCAUGGAUGGUUGUGCUAAAUGCUAAAUAUAUGGAACUACUUUUAUUUUAGGAGAACUAAAAUAUAUUUUGUAGUAUGUAUGAUGUUUAUUAACUAAUUCAUGUGUAUCUGCAGGGAUAUAGAAUGUGAUUGAAAAUGCGUUUUUGAUGGCUGGCUGGACAUUUUAUUUGUAGGAAAAUACUCUUGAGAUUGUGCUGUAAAUUAAUUUUGUAAGUUUCAUUAAAAAAAAAAUAAUAAAAUGUAUGAAAACAAUUAGUUUAAAUAUAUAAU